CACCUAGCCGUUGGGUUGAUGCAUGACCAAUUCCUUGCAGAAGCCAUGGAGGCUGCGGAGAAUGUCAAUCGGGCAAGAUCUGGAGGGGAUUCACCACGGAGCUCAACCAAACGGAGCGGACGCGGGAAGGCCAGAGGGAGACGUGGAGGCCGUGGAGGCCGUGCGGGCCAUACAGGCCGUGCAGACCGAUGGAGUGGCCUAACUACAGGCAUGGACACUGAGGUGUUGGCACUUCCUUCAGAGGAUUCCUUGCCCUUACCCAGAGCACAGCAAAAUCCUCAAGAGAUGUUUGAACAAAACAUGGAGAGGCUUUCUGCCCUACUGGAUUCAAGCCCAUGUCCUGCUGAGCCUGAGAGAAGCGCAGCAUCAUCGUGGUCUGUUAGGCAGCAGAAAGCCUCUGACCGUUGGGAGGAAGCACGGCCGUACCACCUCAGAUGCCUUUUGGAAUCUGAGGCUGUUGGCAAGCCAUUGUGUUGCUUCUGCCACAAGCCUGCUGUUAUAAGGUGCAGAGAGUGCCUUGCAGAGCAGUGGUUUUGUGGGGCCUGCGACAUGCAUAACCACAGCAAACGGCCACUCCACAACAGGGACAGCGUGGUGGAUGGCUUCUUUAAAGCCAUUCCCCCAUCCACAUGUAUCUCAAGAGGAGAGACUGGAAUAUAUGCCACACAUGAGCAAGAUCGCAUUUUACCGACAAUGCCAGCACAGCACUGCACCUGCCAGGUCCCUAGCUUCACAGUGGAAGCUGGGAAACCAGUCAUCUUGAUUACCAUCAAUGGGCGUUAUGAUUUGCAUUUGCCACGUUAUGUGUGCCAAACAUGCCUGCAGCAGUGGGCCCCCGAUGUGAGAGACCUAGUCAGGAGUGGAUAUUGGCCAGCUUCUGCAAAUGCUUCCACAAUCUACACGGUGGACCUCCUCAACACCUUUCAGGAGCUGAAGUUGAUCUCACCUGGAUUCUCCAGGCAAGCCUUUGCAAAAAUGCUGGAACAUCGCACACUGUGUGCAGGAAGAUCUGGACAGAUCAACGGGGAUGCCCUGCAGAGGAGCUUUCUUGAGUUUGCAUACGCCUCCUUUGAGAAAGACCAGCUCUGCUGUGAUACCCCUUUCACCUGCCCUGCCUGCACACCUGAAAUGGUAGCAGUGUCAGCAGAUGGCAACAGGAAGCUUUAUCGCUUUGGCCAUACUGGAAGAUCUAAUGACACUCCCUUUAUUGAUGGGCUAUUUCUAGCCAAAGACAGUGAGGUGUCUGAUUUUGUCAACACAAUACAGAUGGCGGUGAAGAAUAUAAAGGGGAGAGGCACAUGUGGAGACUCUCAAUGGGCAGCAGCAAGGGAGACCUCUAGGCGGGCCUCUAAACUGGAUGAGGAAGGCGUUGAGGUUGCGGUGUGUCGGCAUGGCUUCCUUUUAAAAGCCCUUAAAAUGUACCGAGGAGAGAUAUUUGCGUAUCCUAUGUAUCUCCAAAGGGAGCUUCUCCCAAGAAAGGCACAGUUUUUUGCUAUGGAUGUGGCAUGCAAAUACUGGCCAUACCUACAAAAAGUUGCUUCGGUCAUUCCAGCUCUCAAGAGCCUCACAGAAAUGAAGCCCUUCCUGAGCAUCAUGCAUGCAAGAGCUCAUGCUACCAAGUGUGAGAUAAAAUGGAGUGGUCGGAAUCAGAAGGGAGCAGGCACAACUGCCGGUGAGGAGGUGGAGCAAAUAAACAGCUACCUCUCCCGUUGUGCCCUGACAACAAAGUACAUGUAAAAAGCAGAACGUGUGGACAUGCUCACUGUGCAUGCAAUUGGUUGGAACCAUCACAAAGCAGAGACGCUACACAAGGCCCUCUCCACAAGAUAUGUGAAGACAUCUAAAAGGGCAGAAGAAGAGGCAGAGAGGCUGUCACAACUGCAGAAGGACCUGCAGUGCUCAAAUGCAAUGGCUGUACAGUGGAUUGCUGAAGUCAAGGAAUGGGCAGAGAGCGAGACCCCAGUAACGGGUCUGCACGUUCUCCAGCAGUCCAUUGAGGGUCUCCAUCUGGGUCUAAAGCAGCAGAAACAAACCCUCUACCGUCAGAAUGACAGAAACAAGCUUCGCCAUCGUCUCCGAAGAAAGUUGACGGAAGACAAAAAGCGCCUUCUCCAGGAGAUUGAUAAAUACAACAGUCUUGUUGCAGACCUCUCCAAAAGGAUUGAUGUGGCCUUGGUUGACCACUCUUUGGCUGGACAGAGCACUGGCGCAAUAUGGCCAUGGGAGGACUAUGGAGUGUAACAAUCGGGGUCAAGAAACGACUGCACGACCAGGAAAUGCUGAAAACACGGCUGGAAGAGGAGCUCCCUAUCCUGGUGUUGGAGAUGGCCCAGCACUGUACGUGAUUGCAGAACCUGGGAGUGGCCCUCAAGACGGAGCUUGCAAGAUACGAAGAUGAAAAUGGACUUCACAACGAAGGAAGACAGGAAGAACAACAUCAAAUGGUCCUGCAGCGGUAUAAGACUGCUCUAGGUCCAUUGGCCUCUGUCCUCCUUGACGUUUGUGAGGAAGAGGAAUGUGAUCCGAUGGGCCUGGUCAGUCCAGACACCAGCGAGGAUGAGGAAGAUGCAAGAGAACAAGCAACUUAGUUGAUGGUGUGGUUUCGUGCCUCGCUUGAUGUACACAAAUGAUCAUUGUUAUUGCUAUGUUUAAAAUAAAAAAAUCUAUCUCUUCAAUUCAAGAUGGGGUGGGUGAGAAUAAAUAGUGCUAUAACCUCACUAGCCUUAUUUACAUGGACACAUCUGUUCCGCAUAGAUUUCUAUGCACGAGAGACUUAACGGACACUUUUGUUACUGCCAUGUAUACAGUACAUUCGGAUCACAUUUUAGGAAGAGAUCUAUGACGCAUAGAAAUCUAUGCGGAUCAGAU